GAAAAGAACAAGCAAAAACAGCAAACAUUUAGCAGAACUCUGAGGCUCGCGGUUUAAACUUCAGAGGGAAUUAGAGCUGCUGUUUCAUUGAUAGUUCAUGUGAUUUUAUUCGCAGUGUGCAGUAGUUAAAUUGUGCGACUAUGGUGGGAAACGAGAGGACUUUCUGUACUCUGGACUUGGAUGAAACUCUUAUUUUUCUAAGCAGAGGGGUCGCGUUAGCGUUUUAGCAAAUACAACUCUCUUUACCAGUUUACUUUUAGAUACUAUAUAGAGUUGUAAUUCCACCCAGUCUGCCGCAAGUAUUUGAAGUAACUUCGUUCUAAUUUUAAUUUGGUGAGAAAUAGUCGUUUUAAGAAAUUGACAAGCUUUAGCUGGUGGCUAAGGAGCUAGCUUGAAAGCUAACAACAUUGCGGUGGCUAACAUGGAGGAAGAGGUGCAUGUGUUGGCAUCACUGCACUGUUAUAUAAUAUUAAAAACGACCCGUUCCUACAUAUAUACCCACCUGCUUUCGUUUUUAACUUUGCAUGGAUGCUGAUAUAAGGACCUGAAUUGACUAUUGGUGAAAAUAAGCAGGAUCAACGCAGACAUGGAUUGCAAUUCUCUAAUAAGUGCCAUGGACCCAUCUAUUACACUGUGGCAGUUUUUGCUUCAUUUGCUAGAGGAUCAGAACCAGCGGCACUUGAUUUCCUGGACAUCCAGCGAUGGCGAGUUUAAGCUGCUGGAUGCUGAAGAGGUGGCACGGCUUUGGGGCCUCCGAAAAAACAAAACCAACAUGAACUAUGACAAGCUGAGCCGAGCGCUGCGCUACUACUAUGACAAAAACAUUAUAAAGAAAGUAAGUGGUCAGAAGUUUGUCUACAAGUUUGUGACCUUCCCUGACCCCAACUUGGCCGACGGUCUUCGAGGUCCUGAGGAUGGACAGCGGCUUAGCAGUGGAGAAAAAACAGAGGUUUCUGCCCAAUCCAAACCAGUAGGGAGCGCCGGUGCCACUAUGGCGUCACUGUCCAAGACCUUGCAGUCUCAGCGUUCAUCUCCCAGUUCAGUGCAGCGCAGCUCACGCAAUGAUUACAUGAAAUCCGGCCUGUAUUCCACCUUCACCAUCCAAUCCCUGCAGGCACCCUGCAAGAGCUCUCCUAAACCUGUCAAAACAGAACUGCCUGUAGAAAGCACACUGAAAUCGAGCAGCCAAGAGCGGCCGCUGCAGGAGCAGAUGCGGCUGUGCCAAACAGAAACACAGCAGACUGCAGUAGCCGCUCCAUCUACAGUGGACAGCAGUAGCCUGCAGGUGAUAGUGACUCACCCUUCACCUUGCGCCACUCCUGCCCUCAGUCCACAGACCCCCACCGCCUCGGCUACUGCACCCAUGAGUGAUCAGCAACAAAAAAGCCAGGCACUUGGUGAUCCUCCUCAGAUCUAUCUGACAAGUGUGUCCGACCCUACCUCGCUAACUUCCCUCAUCCCAUUGAUGCAAGUCCCCGGGGGUGACUGUGUGGUCAGUUCUCAGCAAGGUCAUCCUGUAUUUGUGGUUAUAAAAUCCCCACCUGUAGGGGAUGCUAAAGAAGCAAACAUCUCCUCUGAAGAAGACCUGCUGGACCUUGAUGUUAAGCCUGAAGCGGAGACUGUUCCGGUGUCUGCUCCUUCUGUUACGGAGGUUUUAUUGGACGUUGAUGCUCCUUCCCCCUGCUCAGAGCCUGUGGCACAGCCACAGGUAGAUGCAGAGUUGGAACCUGUGUCUGAGCCCCCUGUGGAGGACAUCAGCACCAAUGCAGCAUGUCAACCAGUGUCCACUCAGGAAGUGCAGCCUCCCAAAUCGAAGAAGCCUCGUGUACUGGAGCUUCCCUCAAGUCCUUCUCUGCUGCCUCCUGGCCUCUCUCUGGAUAAAGUGAAUGCAGCGGUGAACAGCCUGCUGGCUCCAGGCAGUAACACCAACAGUCUCACCCCCACAGUCAUCACCUCCCAUGCCUUGACUCCAGUGUUGUUGACGCCAAGUCCCCUCCCAUCCACCAUCCACUUCUGGAGCACACUGAGUCCCAUCGCCCCGCGCAGUCCUGCCAAGCUUUCCUUCCAGUUCCCCUCCAAUGGCAGUAAUCAGAUCCAUAUCCCAGCACUGAGCGUGGAUGGACUGUCCACUCCUGUCGUCCUGUCCCCGGGUCCUCAAAAACCAUAGGCUUUGGACCUUUCCCUGGUGAUUAACACCCGGCUCGACUUAUUCAAGGACAGGUAAUAAACAGCCAGCACUUCUCACAGCAAGCACAGACUGGUGUUCAGCUGAGCUCUUGGUCCAAUGGCAGGUGAGCAGGAUGAAUUGCGCUCUGGUUGAUCGUCUGAUUGGCUGACCGAGAAGCCUUUCUCUUGAGCUUCAUCCCACAAUAAAGAGCUGAUAUUUAAUAGACUAAAGCACUUAACUUGCCUUCUAUUCUGAUAUUUAUUUUUGUUCUCGUAGAUAUUUCAGUGCUUCUUUGUUUCCUUUUUAGGAAGCACUCUGAAUAUCUGGCUAUUAAAAAUAAAAUGAGUUCUCUUUUCUAACCCGUUUUUAAAUAGCAGGGUUGAUUAGCACCAGAAGACACUUCUUAUGUUGGACUUUUAUUGUUUUGAAGACUGAAAGAUGAAAUAUGAAAGAAGACGACUAGAUGGCAGUAGAGAUUCUUCUUUAGCACUUGGAAAGCAACAUGGCUGUUAAUUUUUUAACAGAUAAAAACACAAGACAAGACAUUUUAAGACACUACGUGUCUAUGUGGAGUUUAUUUUGCUCAAGAGACAUUUUGUUUUAGUGGAAUGACAAGGCCAUGUGUUGGAUCCACGAAGAGGAAAUGCCGGGAAAAAUGGUGCAGGAUCAGAACUCCUCAUCAGGAGACAGAAUGUAUUAAUGUUAUCAAUGUUACGAGUCAUUCCUUUUGCUAUGAACAUUAGAUGAACUAUGAAAUGUAGAUAUUUAGACUCCCAUUCCAAUCUGAAGGUAUUUCCUUCAUCACUUUGUUAACAAUGCUGUCAUCAAACAAACUGAUCACAAGGGAAUGUUUGUAGUUUUAUGUUAGCUAACUUUUGAACUGUUCAUUUCAACACCAGAGGAGACCAGACACCAGCAAUUUGCGUUUUCCUAUCGAGCAUCUCUGUGUGUUUCGCGUCUGCUCUGCUUACUGGCUCGGUUCUAAUAUUCUUUUUAUAUACGUCUUUGUGUGUGUGUUUAUUUUUGUUACAUAAAGGGCUACAGUAUUCAUCACACUACCAGAACAUCAGCUCAAUGCCUGCUAACAGUGACUGGAAGGAAAAAGUUGCGUGAUACUAUAUUUGAUAUCAUAUC